AUGGAUGGUCGUCUCCCCAUUAAGGACCUGUGCUGCAGUCUCAAAUCUUCAGAGGACAUAGACCACUUAUAUAUCACAGUGAGUUUACUGUCCUUAGUUGUCACAGCAUGUGGACUUGCUUUGUUUGGGGUCUCUCUAUUUGUGUCCUGGAAACUUUGUUGGGUUCCUUGGCGAGAACGUGGCCUACUUGGAAACAAAGACAAGCAGGAAUCCCAGAACUAUACAGAUACCGAGACCAAUGACCUUGAAUACAAUGAGGAUUACCUGGGACGUCCUGCUACCUACCCAGACUCUUCCAUGAAGAUUAGCCACACCUCUCCUGACAUUCCAUUGGAUGCCAAGGCAGGGACCAAGGAGAACUGUGUUCACAAUGUCCGGAUGCAUCGACAAAUCACAGAACCAACUCCUUCUGCAAGGCACAACUCAAUUCGACGGCAGCUGAAUCUCUCAAACCCAGACUUCAACAUUCAACAGAUCCAAAAGCAGGAGCAGCUGACUGGGAUUGGGCGCAUCAAGCCAGAGUUGUAUAAACAAAGAUCUGUGGACACAGACGAUGGGCGGAGAAAUAAUAGCAAGUCUUGUGGAAGACUUAACUUUAUUGUGAAAUAUGACUGUGACUUAGAACAACUGAUGGUGAAGAUUCACAAAGCUGUCAACCUUCCUGCAAAGGAUUUUUCUGGAACUUCGGAUCCUUACGUCAAGAUCUACUUGCUUCCAGAUAGGAAGACAAAACACCAGACUAAAGUACAUAGAAAGACCCUAAACCCAGUAUUUGAUGAAGUUUUUUUAUUUCCUGUUCCUUACAAUGAUUUGAGUUCAAGGAAACUCCAUUUUUCUGUGUAUGACUUUGACCGAUUCUCCAGGCAUGAUUUGAUCGGCCAAGUGAUCGUGGAUAAUUUUUUAGAGUUGUCAGACUUUCCCAGGGAGUGUAACAUGUGGAAGGACAUCGAAUAUGUGACCAAUGAUAAAGUAGAUCUUGGAGAGUUGAUGUUUUCACUUUGCUAUCUUCCAACUGCUGGUAGACUAACAAUUACUAUAAUAAAAGCAAGAAAUUUAAAAGCAAUGGACAUAACGGGAGCAUCAGAUCCCUAUGUGAAAGUUUCUCUAAUGUGUGAAGGGAGGAGAUUGAAGAAGAGGAAGACAUCCACCAAAAGGAAUACUCUCAAUCCUGUUUACAAUGAAGCCAUAGUAUUUGAUGUCCCUCCAGAAAGCAUUGACCAAAUCAGUUUAUCUAUAGCAGUUAUGGAUUAUGACCGUGUAGGUCACAAUGAGGUCAUUGGAGUCUGUCAGGUAGGCAACGAUGCAGAAAGCCUUGGGCGAGACCACUGGAACGAAAUGCUCUCAUAUCCUCGGAAACCAAUUGCUCAUUGGCAUCCACUUGCAGAGGGCCCUAUUCAGCAGAAAUGUUAUGCGGGCCUUCUGCGCAUGGAUGGCUGCCGAAGAGGCUUCCUCACUCUUUUAACCUAUUCAGCAGAAAUUUGGCAUUCCUGUUGAACCCUUUCUUAGCCAUUUUCUCAGGGGCCAUUCCGCAGAGAGUCCAAAGGGGUAAAGGCAUCCCUUUAGUUCCAUUAUUCGACCCUCCUCCCCGCCUUCCAGCACCAGAAUAGAUUAACUGUAAACCACACAAUGCAAAACCCUGUUUUGUUAGAUACAAGUGUACCUUUGUGUCUGAGGCUCUCUGUAGUUUGAUUUUAACACAGAUACCUCUGUCUUAUCAGUAACACCCCAUAUUGCCAUCUAUUCCUCACCAGCUGAUUGCAUUGUUGUGUUGUCUCCAUCUAGGUGGUAAACUCAUAUUCAUAUAUGUUUUCAAAUUCAUGGGACAAUGUGUUUAAUUUUUGUUUCAGUUCUUGGAAAGAUGGACUUGCUCUGUUUUAUGUUCCUUAUCCUACUGUCUGUUAGUCCAGCAUUCAUACUUUUCAUGGAUAUACAUCCCCCCAUUCAUAAAGUAUGGAUUAGAAUGUCUUUAUGAUAUGAAAGUUUCCUAAGUUGUGUUUGUCACCCUUUCAACAAUCAGUAGCAGCUACUAGAUAACUCAUGCAAAGCUAAGAAAGUAAUACUGUGCCAAUGUUGUAGCUCUAUGAUUUAGCAUAUAAUGGUCAAAAUCCUGUUAGGCCCAGUGGUGUCUUUUUUGGCCAGUUGCAGCAAGGUAGGAAGUUAGUGGAGGCCUUUACUGUUGCAUGCUGAAUUCUGCAAUUCAGCACACAAAGGUCUAUAAUAUUUAUGCUUGUUGCAUUAUGCUGGCAUAGAAAACUCAAUAGGAUUCUGACCCAUAUGCAAUUAAAAAUGAGUAGGGACUCAGUAGUGUACAGUACAUGUGUAUACUACUCCCAUCAUAGCAUUUUGAAAAUUGGGGUUUUGUAGAUUGUCCUGACCCCAUGCGGUGAGUAGAUUAUGGUAACAGGAGGCAAGUCCAGUUAAGCAAAAAGAAAGAGUUAAAAACAAUGAUGUUUGUUCAUCAGACAUACAUUCUAAACUGCAGCAAAGUGACAUAGAUUUAUGUUGUGUCCAGACUCAAUGUUAUUAUAUGAUAGUUUUUAAUCGUAUUUUGUUAUUUAGAUUACAAUUUGUUUGGCCUAAUUAGGAUUUGUUAUAUUUACUUUACAGCACUCUUCUUAAAGGGCCUGAAAAACUUGAGCCCUACAUCAUCUCCUUUUUGGAAAGGCUGAAUAAACUGUAGUCCAAUUAACAAAUCUUAGGGAGGGAUUUCCCACAGAGCUGCAACAAUUCAUCCUCAUCCGGGAAGAAACCGCCCAUUUAAGCACUUCUUACAUGGCAGUCAACAAUGAUAAACCAAGAGAUGGAAGUGCUAUCAGGCUUCUAUUGGAGUGUAUCUAGACCAAAACAGCUUUGCUGUCUUAUUUUAAGGGUGAGGAUUGAAAUGUUUUUUCUGAAUCUGAUUCUAAAGGGCCAGCAGUUGAGUGUGCCUGAUGGCAACAACAGUCACCACUAAGUUUACAACAAAAGAAAGGAAGACAAAGAAAUCCAAAAUUCCCAGUAAUCCUGCUUUUGGAAACACUAUCUAGUCUUGAAAAGAUUUAGACUGUUUUUAUUUGGUUUGUGAUAGCAUGUUCCAUUUUUGAAUAAAAACUCCCAGGAAUUAGAGAACUAUGCUUCUCAUAGGCCAAGGGAAUAGGGGUUGGUAUGCACAUUUGCAUUAAAAUGCAAGUGUGAUGAAGCCUGUAAUUUAGUCCUUGCUCCAUGGUUUCCCUGCUGCCCCAACUGUGCUGGUUCUUGGGUAACAGUGCUAGCAGCAGGAAGAGCAGAGAGCAGAGAAGUCUCAGUUCUCAUCACCUUGCAGCAGACAAUACGCAGGUUCAUUUGUUUCAGCUUGUGCAAAAUAGGUGGAAUAGGGUCUACCCUGCUUGUUGCUAGUAUUCUGUAACAAGGGCUGAGUAAUAAGGGCUGCAAAUAAUGAGCAUAGCUAGCUUUUUCUCUUGAGUAUGGGUUUUUAAUGAGAAUCAUGGACAUGGUAGAAAACCUGUUGCUUUCCAACCUGAUACUGAUGAGAUCAGUUAGCUGUGCAGUUUGUUUCCUGUAUGAAUAGGCUGCAUGGAACAACAUACCAACAUUAUGAUGGGUUGCGCUGAAAUAAAGAUUCAAUUUAGGGCAAAUUGAAGGAGCUGUUGGCCUGAAUUCUAUUGGUUAUUUACCCAGGCAGAAGUAUUGCAGCGUAAAAAUGCAGCAGCAAAUUGUCACUAGUUAAGAAGUUGCUGCUUGUCUGGCUUCUUGCCUGCUAAAUUGCUUGAUUGGUCCAUAAUGAGGAAUAUCAGCAGAGACUCAUUAACUCAUUACACUUUGCCCUGUAAUUAAUGUCACUGAACACCAGCAUAAACAAUCAAUAGGAUUCUGGCCAUUUCGUUGUCAUUGUUGUACCAGAUUCAAAGUAAAUAGCAUCAUGACUAAUACAGACUAGUUUUCAUAGAAACACAAGAAAAAAAAUCAAUUUGACAAGCUUCACUGUGCAGUCUCAGCUCUCAGGUUCCUUUCUGAAGAAUACCCCAGUCUAGUUUUUACAUUUCCUUCUUCUUCACUGACUUUAUGCACUACACAUUAGACUCCUAGGUGGCAUCUUGUCAAAUGCAAAAUGCAUCUCCCAAUGGAAAACAUUUAGGAGGUACAGUUGCUGCUCUUAGCAGAAUUUUUCACUGUACAGUGGACCCUUGACUUACAGACGGCUUGACUU